GUUAUGUCCGCCAGAUGGCGAUAAAAUCGGAAUACAAAUGGCGACCUCCACGAUUCAAGUUGAAAAUGUUUAAGGAUAGUUUUAAAUAUUAUAAAUCACGAAAUCCGCCUCCUGAUCUCAAGAAUAUAAUUGAUUUCAAUCAUCCAAAUUUAUCUAAAGUUAGGAAAAUAUCCACUGUAGAAAAUAAAGUGCAUAAUUGGGAAAAAUUGGGAUUAAAACCAUUAAACAAAUGGAAUAUUUAUGAAUUAAUAACUGUGCCUGGACUAAUUUAUAUCGAAAAUCCUUUUACUGAAUUUGGUCAACAAAAUUGGAUUCUUAAAUGUGUCAAAGAUUUUUCGAGAAAACCCAAUAAAUUGAAUCUGGAUGCUCAUUCUCUACUUCAUGAUAAUGAAUCUUGGUGGGAAGCUUGUUUUAAAGAACCAAAAAGUGAGCAGAAACUUCUGACAAAACUUCGAUGGGCUACUCAAGGAUAUCACCACAAUUGGGACACAAAACACUACUCAGAAGAUUCAAAAACAGAAAUGUCAAAAGACCUCUGCGACUUGACGGAAUUACUCGCAACUACUUUAGGCUUUAGUGAAUUUAAAGCAGAAGCUGCCAUUGUCAACUACUAUCGAAUGAAUUCUACUUUGGCUGGACAUACGGAUCAUUCGGAAAUAAAUGUGGAAGCACCUCUAUUUUCAAUCAGUUUCGGGCAAUCAGCAAUUUUUCUGAUAGGUGGACGUUCUCAGCAAGACCCAGCAGAAGCUUUAUUUUUGCGCAGUGGAGAUAUCGUCGUAAUGUCAAAAAGCUCUCGACUAAGUUAUCACGGUGUGCCGAAAAUUCUGCGAGCAGAAAUUCAGCCCUGGGAAUACUACGAAAAUCCCAAUCCAGAUUCUAGAAUUAACGAGGAAGAUUGGUGCAAAGCAAAAUCUUACAUCAGCGAGGCAAGAAUAAAUUUAAACGUGAGACAGGUUUUAAAAAGUGGCCAGUCGAAAUUGUAUUAAAGUUUUGUAUAAAUUGAGUCUGAAGAGUUUUUUUGUUUAAAUAUAGUACAAAUGAGUUGUGGAUGAAAGCGUU